UCGAGUCACGUGCCUUUCCGUUGUCUUCCAUUUCCAGUCCCGCUUGACCGUUGAAGUUUGCAGCACCGAAACGCAGAAUUUCAUUCUGUGAUCGAAAUGAGGAAGAAAGCCAGCCCCACGCCAAGUUCUGCUGUUCGGGAGAAAAGACCACGAAGAAGGCCUUUUGCAACAAAAGCACUGAGAGAGAUUCAAUUUUACCAAUCAACUUCACACCUCCUUAUAAGAAGGUUACCAUUGGUUCGCCUUAUAAAAGAAAUCUGCAACCACCUUGUUCCAAAUAAAAAUUUUAGGUUCAAAGCUGCUGCACUUGCUGCACUACACGAAGCAACAGAAUCAUUUUUAGUGAGGCUGUUUGAGGAUUCCAACAUUGCUGCAAUACAUGCCAAGCGUGUUACAGUAAUGCCUAAAGAUAUGCGCUUAGUUCAAAGAAUACUUUCUGGAAAUGUUGCCUCUUAAGUUGCAGAAAAGGUGGUUGAUAUUUUGUAUUGAAAUUCGAUAUCUCAGAAGCAAGGAAGCAUUGCGGCAUGCUACCUAAAACUAUUGUGCAAGAUAUCCUGAAUCACUUUAAAGACUGUUAUUUAUUGAAAAUACAUAAAUAUGAGAUGUAUAUCAAUGCUGUCAUUGAGACAACUGGAACUUUUUGGCAUACUUUGUGAUUCCAAAUCUUGUGAUGACCCAAAAUAAACAUUAUUACAAAUUUUGUAAUGCUGUUAAAUAUGUAUAAAAAUUUUGUCAAAACUUUCUGAUUUUCAUUUGCUUUGAUAAACAUUUUAUUUAAGCAAAUUGUUAUUUAUCAGAAUGAUUUUUUGUUUUAAAAUGUUUAUAGUACACAGUUUUCAUAGCUGUAAGUAAAAGUAUUUGAAGAAACACAGUAUUUUUCUAAUGUGUUUUUAUUCAUCUAUGUUAUAUCUUUCAUUUUUUUCUUUUAGAUAUUGUAAUUCUGUAAAACCUAUCAAAUGUAGAUUUAUAACUCUUUUAAAAUUUGUUCCUCUUCAUAAAAUUAGUUUCUUUAUUUGUCUUGUUUUCAUCUAUUUUCUACUGCUUUUACAGAUGUAACCUUUUGUAUUUAUUAAAGAAGCCAGUUGUUAUCUACAAAAGAGGUCUUUCUAGAAACAGGACAUUAUUGGGUACAUACAACUUUCACAUAUAGAAAGUGAUAUUUGAAAACUGUUUUUAACAACAAAUUUAUUGACUUUGUAUGCAGUUGAUAUGAUCAUUAUCAAAAUGCAUUUUGAUUAGCUGUUGACUGUGGUUCUAACAGCACGAAAAAUGACACCAAGGUCCUUGCAUCAAUAAAGGAAAUUUGUCUUUUGGGUGUUUCACUUGGUUUGUCCACAUGAUUAUUCUUUGGCAUAAUGAGGGUGCAUAUGUCUAGGCAAGACAUUUAUCUUUGUAGCCUUUCUUAUUCACUUGGCUAAAACUGGGGUACUUAGGGAUUCAGCAUAGGGGUUGAUGUAGUGUUGCUUCCCUUAAAAAAAUAUUGGGUACCCUCAAUGAUAUGCAAUACACAGCUGAAAAAGUUAAUUUUCAAAACUAGGAUUAUUCAUCAUUCAAGGAGAAGUGGUUGUAUAGGAAGGACAUUGUCAUGGCAGUCCAUUUAACUUGUUGGUUAAGGGAGGGAAUAGGAGGCAAAAUGCCCCAGACCCCAAGUUCUUGGGGCCUCAUAAAUUGAUGAAAACCGUUUUAAAAUGAAUUAAUUAACAGUAACAAAAUUAUGCCUUAAAAAAGAAAAACAUUUUGAGCCAAUGAAUAAAUCCAAGCUAAUUUAAAUGGUCAUGAUGGAAGAAUUUUCUGCUUGCUUUGCUCGCAGGGAACUCCUCUCUUUGUUUUAUCCCAGGGCCUCCAAAACUUCUGGGCAGCUCUGUUUAGGGGUAAAAAGGGCACAUUCUGGUUCACAGCAAAAUCUUCUACCGUGUAUGUAAUCCCUUCAGGUCCCUGUGAUAAUUUUUUCCGCGGUCGUCCAUGGCAACAUGCAAUAAAUACGAAUUCGAGAUUCGAUUCAAGAUGUCGGACGAGAAUGUUCGAAAAGAAGAAGAUCAACCGCCAAAAGGGGAAGAGAAAAAAUCACGAACAUUAGUAGGUGCUACACAUUUGCUGAAAGCAAAGGCACUGCAGCAGCUCGAGCUUAAGGAUCUAGGAGAAGAAGAAAACACACAAACUACUGCAGACGAAAACAGCAAUGACGAUACUAAGGAAGAACCUAAACCAGGAACAGCGUCUUCUGCUUCUGAUAAAGUGAACACAGGCAAACCGGACACAUCAGCUGAACCUUCAAGACGUUCUGAAGGAGCUGAUUCAAAAGAAACUGGUAAUUCAAAGUCAGUAGGAGACACGAGUAACGGAUUAGAGGAAAAUCAAUCUGUAAUUAAUAAUUUAACAACAGGCCUCGUUGACCUUGGAGACGACUCAGUGACAGCAAAACCAAUUGGUGAAUCCAAGCCUUCUGACAACACUGGACAGAAUGAAGCAAUUGUAAACAGUGAGAAGAGAGAAAUUGAUGCUGGGGAUGCAAGAUUUAGACAAACAGAGGGAGAAAAAAGUGCUGUAACUGAACCAAAUGGUGAGUUACUCCUUGAUGAAAAACUCACAGUAGACGAAAGGCAAACCAGUGAAGAAAAUGGUUCUAGCUUGGAUUUUGAAGCAGAUAAGUCACCUUUAGGCCAGAAUGAUAAGCUACCAAAAGAGAACCAAGUAGAUGAAAAAAUUAGUAAAGAAAAUCUAGUUUCAAAGGACAGUAGCCUUCAAGGCAACAAAGAAAGUAAACUUGAAGAUCAGUUUGAAUUUGUAGAGCAACAGAAAGCAGAUUCUGCAGAAAAGCCAGCGACAUUGCUUGAAAAAUCUGCAGAUAAAGGUUCUAAAGAAGCACAACAAAUAAGUAGUAAGGGAAAGGAUGCACCAGUGUCUACUAAAGAUCCAGAUUCAAAAGCCAGUGCAGCUGUUUUAAGUGAAGAUAACGAUACUAAGGGUGAUAUUUCAUUACCAGGAUCUUCUGGGAACAAGGAGGAGAAGAGCAAAAUUCACGAAAAUUCUAAAAAACAACAUAUUGAAACAAACAAACCUAUAACUGAGAAAGAACAAAAAGACAAAGAAUCAGAUUUUAAGGAAAACAUGUCAGACAAAUCUUUAAACAUGGAAAAUGAGAACAAUCAACAAAGUUUUGAAAAUGAUACUGAAGUUAGAAGGGAAAGUAAUGAAAACAACAAAGAUUCACCUAGAGAGAUUCAAGAAGGACAGGUCAAAAGUUUAGAGGCUAAUGACAAGAACGUUAAUAACAUCCAAGCAAAUGAAGGAGUUGAGAGAAAAAGUAAUACUGAUGAUAUUGAAAUGAAUGCAGAUGUUGAAGCCGACAACAUUAAGAAAGGUGAACAGUAUGAUAAUGUUGGGAGUAGUGAUGAUGUUAAGGCAAGUGAUAAUUCAAAUCAAGAUCUUCCCAAAAGUGGUGAUGAAUUAUCCAACAAUGAUGGGGAAAAUCAUGAUGUUGAUAAACCAGAUGAUGAAAAAUUCAAGCAAACAGAGGUAUUAAAAGAAGAUUCAGAAAAUAAAAGUCAUGUUUCUGGUGAAGUAGACGAGUCAGCCCCUGAUCAUCAAAAUGCUGCAGAAAAUGAAAACAUUGUUUUGCUUGACAGGAAAGAGCCUGUCAAUGAUAAAAGUGAUACUACUGACCCUGGUCUUGAAGGAGAAAAUGAAAAAGACAAGGAUGGAAAAGCUCAAGUUGACACUGAAGGAGAAAGUAAGCCUGAAAAGGGUCAAGAUGUUGAAUCAGCAAAGCCAAAGGUCCCUCUUACAGGAGAAGAACUACAGCAACUUGAUAGCACAUCUAGUGGAAACUUGCACCCAAGACCAAUUUCAACAGCAAAGGUUGAUUUAUCUGAAGAAGCUAUUGUCAAAGGCACAGGGAUUGUAUUGGAAAAUUCCCCAGCAAAGGAAACAAAAGAGCCAGCUAUUCAACUAGAAGAGGGAGAUGUUAAGAAGGAAGAAGGCAACUCUGUUGAUGCACUUGAUGGCCAAGAAGAUUUAGAUGAAACAAUAGUGGCAGAGACAACAGAACAUACUGUGCCAUCGGAUUUCUAUUAUGACUUUGAUGAAAUUGUUUCAAAACCAAACACAACUGAAGGAAUUCCUGAAGAUAUGGUCAAUUUGUAUCAUUCCUUUGGGUUUGAGUGUACAAAAAGGUCAAAUAUGCAUAUGAUUGACAAUGACCACAUAAUCUUUGCUGCUGGCAAUGUGUUGCAGAUACUUAACAUCAAGACUAAGCAAAAGAGGUACAUACGAAGCACCAAGAGUGGAGGGAUAGGAGCCAUUGCAGUUCAUCCUUCCAGAAAGUAUUUUGCAGUGGCCGAAAAGGGGGAAAAGCCGGACAUCAUAAUCUAUGAGUACCCAUCACUUAAGGUGUAUAGAAUUCUCCGGGACGGUACCGAAAAGGCUUAUGCAAAUUUGGACUUCUCCCCAAAUGGUGACAAACUAGCAUCAGUAGGCAGUGCCCCUGAUUUCAUGCUUACAGUUUGGGACUGGAUCAAUGAAAAUAUUGUCUUAAGGUCAAAAGCGUUUUCGCAAGAUGUUUACAAAGUUGCAUUUUCACCCGAAGAUGAGGGCCAUUUAUGCACGAGUGGGACAGCACACAUUAGGUUUUGGUCAAUGGCAUCCACAUUUACUGGUUUGAAGUUGCAAGGAGAGCUUGGACGAUUUGGUACAACUGAGUUAUCAGACAUCGCAGGAUUCGUUGAGCUACCAGAUGGUAAAGUUUUAUCCGGAUCCGAAUGGGGUAACAUGCUUCUCUGGGAUGGUGGUCUUAUAAAAGUCGAAAUUGCAAGAAAAGGCAAGAAAACCUGUCAUCAAGGCAUGAUAGAGCAGUUUUUCCUAGACGAAGGGGAACUUAUCACAAUUGGGAUUGAUGGAUAUGUUAAGGUUUGGGAUUUUGAAACUAUUGACACGGCUGAAGCUGCUGAUGAAAAAAAGAUUUUUGAAAUGGAACCAAUGUCAGAACUAAAGGUUGGCCCUGAUGUCAAACUCUUGUCGAUGGUGAAGAGUGUGCACCCAGAUGAAGCCAGCAUUUGGUAUGCUCAGGAUGGCGCUGGCGGUAUAUGGAAGCUGGAUUUAUCAUUUUCUCAUACGAGUCAAGCGCCAAAAAGAUUAUUUUCAUUCCACGCCGGUGCUAUUACGGGCCUAGCCACGUCACCAAUGACUCAUCUAUCAGUCACCAUCGGAGAAGACCAUACGGUUCGCCUGUACGAUUACCUUGCAAAAACACCCCUUUGUGUCUCGCGAUUUACCACGCCUGGAUCUAGUGUGCUUUGGAUGCCUAAGGAGGUCGACCCGGAUGGCUUAUCAAUUCUUGCUGGCUUUUCUGACGGCGUUGUACGUCAGAUGACUGUUGUGAAGGGAGACCAGAACACAGUGACAGCUAAGAAAGAUGGUUCUGGUUUUGAAUUGAAACUGACACAAGUUUUUAAACCUCAUGUCAAAGCCGUCACAACUUUGGCCGUGAGCAAAGAUGGAAAAUUCCUGGCCACGGGGAGUGAAGAUUCUACUGUGUUCUUCUUCGGAAUACACAAGAAGUACAAGCCGAUAGGAUUUAUUGAAACCGCUGCACCGGUUGUUUCAUUAGACUGGUCAUCAGCGCAGAAGAACAAUCUUCUGAUAUGUUGUAAAGAUGGCUGUGUGCUUGAAGUGUCUUGUCCAAAUGAUGGUGACUAUGAUACAAGCAAAACGUUUUUGAUACCUCUCACUGGUUUGAAGAGAACUGAAUUCAAGUUCAAAAGUAUCAAAGACAAAUUAGUUAAAGCUGAAGAGGACCUUCGAAAAGCUAAAGAGGAAGAGGAACGCCGAAAACAGCAAGAGGAAGAGAAAAGAAAAAGAAAGGCAAGAGGGAUUGAAGAUGAUGAAGAAGAAGGGGAGGAAGAUAAGGAAAACGAAGAGGAGAAUGAGGCAAGGGAGGACACACCCGCAGAGGAAAUAAUUCACGAACCAGGUCAAAUUGUGAAUGGUUUUUACAAAGGAGAUGAUGGAAAUUUUUGGUUAUUGUUGGACGGAUGGGAUGCUGGCUAUGUCUACGAAUGCGCUUUCCCAGAAUCGCAAGAUGAAGAUGUAGUCAAAGAGCCACUGAAAGCGAGUAAAUUUAAAGAUAUUGACGAUGUUCCAGUGAGAUCUCAUUGUUUCAGCAAAACUGGAAAUUCUUUAGCUCUUGGCCUGGACAAUGGAGCUGUGCGGGUACAAGUGAUCGAGUCACGUGAUAUGGAAAAGCUUGACAGCUAUUGGAGUUUGAAUAUGCACGACAAUAGUCGCGGAGCAGUGACCGACAUAACGAUGAGCUUUGACGAGAAAUUCCUGUUAUCUGCUGGAAACGAUGGGAAUUUUUUCAUUUAUUCUUUCAUGGACGAGGAAAAAUUAAAGAAAAUCAUCGGAAAGCAAAAGGCUGAAAUUUUGAAAAAGCUUGAGAGCUCGAAGAUCGCUAGGAUAGAUGAUAUUGAGGACCCAAAUCAUUACAGCAUUGAACUUGAGAAGCAAAAAGCAGAACACGACCGAAUGGUGAGACUUGCGGAGGAGAAGAAGCAGCAAGCGAGGCAGACAAUCAGUUUACUACGCAGGGAAUUCAAACGUCUUGUUUCAAGGAACCAAGAAAUGCCGUCCUAUUUACAGUUGCCGCCCGUGGAGUUCAUUAUCGACCCAAAUAUGAAAAGUGACAUAGAGGCCGAAACGAAAAAGAGGCUCGAGUUGGUGGAGCGAGAAAUGGCAUGGGAAUCAGAGAAAUUUUCAUUGUCAGUUCGAAAACUAGAGAUGAGAUUCAAAGAUAUGAUUGAGUGUGAAAUGUUCCGCUUGCAUGCAUUUCGGACACCGCAUACCGUAUCAUCGUACCGUGCCACAAUACUUCCCCCUGAAUUUAAUGAAGUAAUGGAACAGAACAUGAACAAGGUCAAAACUGCUGAGGCAGAGGCAGGAAUGCCAUUUUUUGGCAAGCGGUUUUCAUCUCUCGCGAAGAAAAUCAAGGAAACAAGCAAGGAAGAGACUUCUGCGGAGGACAAGGAAGCACUGCACGCAAAGAAAUCGAAACCCUUGCAAAGUUUUGAUGGAAAAGUUGCAAAGGCGAUCGAAAAGGCGGAACAGAAGAAGAAGCGAAGGCUGGAGAGGAAAGCCAAGUGGGAUGAGCUGUAUCGAUCAAGGCCAGACUUAGACUAUGAGGAUCCAGCUAUUCUUGCUACGAUAAAAGAGGCUCAAGAAAAUAUGGGUGACUUUAAACUGAAAUCCGCAAAGGAUUACAUCGUGCCGGAGAAAGAAAGAGUGAACGCAGAUAAAAAGAGAAUCCAACUCAUGCAACUAAAAGAGCAGAUAUACCAGUGUAAAAGGCAUUUCAAUGAAAAGCUUCUGAUGCUUCGUGAUAAAAAGAUUGCCGUAAUUGCCGAGGUGAGAGCAUUGGCAGAUGAGCUCGACAGUGUACAAAAUGAAUUACCGCUCUCAAUGCAUAUCUCGUUGCCUCCCGUGCCAGUGAUGCUGCCUGACGAACAGCCGGAAAAGCUUUUUGAAUACACCGCAGAAUCUCUCGAAAAAUUCAAGAAGGAAAUGGAACAUCAGGGUGAGAGUUUGAAGACAGAAAACACCGGGGGCUUUGGAGGAGGAUUUGGAGGUUUCGGUGCCAGUGAGCAGGCACAGCAGUCAUCAACCAAAGUUGCAUCGCAGUUGGCAACGACACGAACUGGGACAGACCAAAGAGGCCGGUCAACCUCGAUACUGUCAACAUUAUCAAGCCAGCCUCGUUCAGCAUCAAGUGUUGUUAUUGAUCACGGUUCGCCAGAAACGAUCAGUGAAGAAACAAUGAUUGAUGAUGAGCCGUCUGACAUGGAACUGAGAGUGAGAGACGAAAAGAAAGUCAGGACUAUUUACCGACGAGAUAUGCUUCUCCGCAAAAUCAAGGAAUUACUGGUGACGUUUGAUGCCGAGUUGCGUACGUUGCGUCACGAAAAGGUUCAUUUGGACGUCGACUUGAAGAACGCUGAUCUUCGGAUGAUAACACUAUUUGAGGAGUUAAUUCUUCUCAAAGAAUUCGAAAAACGAGAGAACGUCUUAAUGGGAAAAGUGGAACUUAAAAUGCAAGAAAAAGCAGACAUGGAAGAUAAGGUCGAGGACUGUCAGAUGAAGUUGCAAUCAAAAAAGGAAGAGAUUGAAAAGUUACAGGAAAAGGAGAAAUCCCUCAACACAAUGUUUAGCAAUCUGUUUAUUGAGAGCAACAAAUUUGAAGCAUUCUUGACGAAGGUAUUCAAGAAAAAAAUUAAACGCGCGAAGAAAACAGAGCAAGAUGCUGGCUCUGACGAAGAUAGUGACGAAGAUCUGAGCGAUGAAGAUUACGACAGUGACGAAGAUGAAGACUCUGAUGCGGAAGAUCUGGAUGACAGCGUUUGCCCGCCGGGUUGCGACCAGGCCCUGUUUGAUCAAGUUUGUCAACUUCGCGAGAAAAGGCUCGACUUGGAAGAGGCAACAACUGAAGAGAAGAAGGCAGCCGAAACAUUGAAGAAAGAGCUUGAUGCGUUGAAGAAGAAAAGCAAGAUUAUUGAAAAUGCACUGCAAACAGCCGAAGCUGACCUCGAGGCAUUUCAGCGAGAGAAGCAACAAAAACUGAACGAGCUGGACAUCGUUGUGACAUUGAAGCUGAGCCAGCUGCAAUAUCUGAACAACAAUGCCCUUCCUCAGGACUUAUCCCAGUGUCUUGUAUUCACGAGUACGUCGCUGGAUGGACUGCAAACGAGGAUAACUGAGCUUGAGAAGGAAAAGGCCGAGCAAAAGAAAUUGUAUUGGAAAUUACGUCAGCAACAUGUGACACUAAUACGAGACAAGAAAAGCAUGGAAGAGAAGAUAUCUCAACUGGAAGAAAAGGUGCAGCAAAUGCAGCUUCUUAAAUUUGGCAAGCUCGUGGAUUUAGAAAAACUUGAGACCGUGUCAGUAAACAGAGCAGCAGAGGAGCUAAAGGAGCAACUGAGAACACAGGAAUUUGGGAAUGCAAAAGAAGUUGCAGCUUGGGAGAAACGCAUUGACGAUGCUAAAGCGAGGCUUACGCAGGUCACACGCGAGAACACGCAGAGACUUGACACAUUCACUGUGUUGUUACAAGAAAAGAAAGAAUUGGAGCACCAGUUAGAUUCUCGCCAGAAAAACUUGGGUGGUGAAUUUCAAGGCAACAGAAAAGCAGAUUUCCAAGAGCGGCAAAGACUUAUCCAGCUCGUGCAACUGCAAUCUCAAGAGAUUGACGCCCUCAAGGAAGAAAUAGGACUGCUUUCUAGAAAGGGGGGUCACAUUCUACCUCCGUCACAGGCACCUGUUCCAACUGCCCCUGCAUCUACUCGAUAAUCUUUUGCUUCGACUUUUUUGUAAAUAACAUUUAACGGAUUCUUAAUACAUUUAAACACUUUCUUGUAAAGUUUGCUGGCAAUUGACUACAAUAUUAUUCAAGAGUCAGUUUUGAAUGAUAAUUAAUGCAGAUUUCAACAUA